UAUAAGGCUGGGGAUGUUUAGACAAUGCUCGAAGAUGACGGAUGGUGAUGUGUGUGUAGGAGCAGCGGUGGCGGCUGUCGAGCCCCUGGAAGGACGGGCGGUGCCGAGGCGCAGGUGUCCGGCCCCAGGGACACGCCGGGGAUGCUGCUCCGGCACGGGGAGCGCCGGGCUCGGGCUCGCUGCUGCCGCUGCCGCUCCGUGCACGGAGCCCGCUGCAAAACACUACGCAGACCCUGGCAGGGCGGCACUGUGCGGGGCCCGGAGGCUCCGGAGGCGGAGGAAGUGCAGAAGACGAAGCGAGCAGGGAAGCAAAUUCAGGGGAGCCGUUCUGGAGGCUGCAAGGAUUCUGGAAAUGGAGCACGGGGGGCGGGAGGAUUCACACAGCAUUGCUGCGGAAACGCUGAAUCACGCCGGGCCGGCGCCCAAGGCCGCGCCGCGGCGGCACCGCCGAUAGGGCCGCGCCGUGUGGGCCGAGCCUGGCCCGGCCCGGCAGCGCCGCCCCCGCCGCUCCCUCCGCGCUGCGACAGCGGGGCGCGCCCGGCCCGGCCCGGCCCGGCCGCGCCGCUGCUCCCGCCCCUGUCACCGAGGGGUGGCACAAAAGCCUCGCCUUGGCCCGCUCGCAGCUGUUGUAGCGCCGCGUUCUGCUCUUGGCCGCCGUGUCCCGGCUCCUUCUCGUACGACGAGGAUGCGGGGCCUGGUGCUCGCUGCUUUCCUGCUGCAGAGCAUCGGCGGCUCGGGCGCGUUCGCCGCAGGGAGGAGGAAUGUGGACCCCGAAACGAACAUGAACAUCAGUGAAAUUAUUACCUUCAGAGGAUACCCUAGUGAGGAAUAUGAAGUGACCACAGAAGAUGGAUAUAUUCUUUCCAUUAACAGAAUACCUUAUGGAAGAAAAGGCCGUGAAGGAAGCGAAGGUCCAAGGCCUGCUGUGUUUCUGCAGCAUGGUUUGCUUGCAGAUGCCAGCAACUGGAUCACAAACUUGGAUUACAACAGCCUUGGCUUUAUGCUGGCAGAUGCUGGCUAUGAUGUGUGGCUGGGAAACAGCAGAGGGAACACCUGGUCCAGGAAACACACACACUUCACGGUGAAGCAGGAAGAAUUCUGGGUUUUCAGCUUUGAUGAAAUGGCUAAAUAUGACAUUCCAGCCUCAGUGGACUUUAUUUUGAAGAAAACUGGCCAGGAACAAGUAUUUUACAUUGGCCAUUCACAGGGCACCACAAUGGCUUUUAUUGCUUUUUCAACUUUGCCACAGCUGGCUAAGAAAAUCAAAAUGUUCUUUGCCUUGGCACCAGUAGCUACUGUCAAGUUUGCCACUAGCCCUCUGGUGAAAUUGGGAUUCUUUCCUGACAUGCUGCUCAAGGACAUGUUUGGAAAGAAACAAUUCCUCCCUCAGAAUUUCUUGCUGAAGUGGCUUGCUACCCAUGUUUGCACCCACAGAAUACUCGAUGACCUUUGUGGCAACCUAUUCUUUCUUCUAUGUGGUUUUAAUGAGAGAAACUUGAAUAUGAGCCGAGUGGAUGUGUAUUCAACACACUGCCCUGCAGGAACAUCUGUACAAAACAUGAUCCACUGGAGCCAGGCUGUGAGGACUGGGGAACUCAAAGCUUACGACUGGGGAAGCAAAGCUGCAAAUAUGGCUCACUAUAACCAGUCUACUCCCCCUUUCUACCAAAUAAAAGAGAUGACGGUACCAACUGCAGUGUGGACUGGUGGACAGGACUGGCUGGCAGACCCAAGGGAUGUUGCUAUGCUGCUCACUCAGAUCCCCAGUUUGGUUUACCACAAAGACAUUCCAGAGUGGGAACAUUUGGAUUUCAUCUGGGGCCUUGACGCACCUUACCGCAUGUAUAAUGAAAUAAUUAGCAUGAUUAGGAAGUUAUCUCUAGACUGACAUGGGUAUUGAUUCACCAGGAAUUUGUCAGUUUUUUGGAAAAUACACUUUUCUGGCAAUAGUGCUACAUUGCUUAGCAUAAUGCAUUUUUAAAAUGCCAGCAAUGACUACUAAAUUGGAUCAAUAUGUGCUUGUUUUUUCUCAGUAUUAUUUCUCUCUCUUCACAGUAUUUUGCUUAUUUUGCACACAGUGGCAUGGUACUCAAAACACAGCAAUAGGAUCUAGCACAAGAGUAUGUCAUGUGCACAUAAAUGUAGUCACCUGUCUGAAAGACAAAUUAGACAAGUUAGUCCAUUCAGCACCUCAGGUGCUUGACACUUAAAAUAAGUGUUUCACUGUGCAUAAAACACAGCCAUUUCUCAGUAUGUGGCCAUUUCUAAGUACCUUUGAGAAGUACUUCUUGUACUGCAGUGACCUAUUUGGUGCUGGCACUUUACAAAGCACUUAGUAACUUUUUCCUGUGGUAUUAAUUUAGCCAAUCACGUAAAAUCAGAUUACUUCCCUUUUCAAUAUUGCCCAGAAGAACUGUGGUGAAGCCAGAGAAACCACUGUCAGUUAAAAUCUCCAAUUUUGGGACUGAUUCAUUGCUGCAUUUUCUUGCUUUGAUGGUAUCCCUGAAGCCUUUAGUGUUUCACAUACCAGCUGUGGAUAGAGGUCGCAAUUUGCCCCGGCAGAUUCCUGGAACAAGAGUAAUGUUCAAACAAAACCACUUUCAGUCAACUUUGUCAAUAGGUUGUGGCUUUCAAGGAGAGUGAUGUAACAUGCUUGUGUUUUGCACUGACCACUAACUAGAAAACAAGCUCCCCUGUCUACUGCUGGUGAGAGAAGAGCCAAAGCAUUAAUUCUGCUGCUUGAGCAACUUAAUUUCUGUGGACUUUCCCCCUUAAUCAUCUGCUGCAUUGAAGAUCUGUUUACUUCUUAACCACUUACAGGGUGCUCCCCACAGUUGUGUUCAGAAGCUAAAUAACAGCCUGGAGAAGCCUGACAGUAUUACAGCACCUCGAUUUGUCUACUUCAGACUGGGCUAAGACCCAUUUAAUGGGGAGGAGGAUUCACAUCUGCCUCAGGGGGCUGACUUUGGAGCUCCUUCCAUUGACUGUGCAGAGGACUUUGGUUUCUCUGAGAUGCAUCAAAGUUCUGUGCCAAAUGAACAAUCUCCAGAGUCAGUCACCUCAGUCCAGAUGAUAAUUUCUGUGCCAUAGUUGGAUUCAACUCAGAUUUCUUCAGUAAUCCCAACAGGAUAAAGAGCCUUUCUCCAUGUCAUAGGAAAUAAUGCAUUUUAAGUUGAGGCAAACUUAUUUUGUAAAAAAAAAUUAAAAAAUAAAAAAAAAUUGCAGAAAUAGACACAGGUUGUAAAUUAGGACUUGUUUCUUUGGGUUGUUUUUUUUUUUUUUAUUCCUAAUUCAGACUCAGGGAAUUCUCAGGUGUUGUUUAGGGACAAAGUGGUUCAUUGAUUCGUGAGACUUUCGUCUUUUGUGAAGCACAACCAGAUGUGCUUUACUUUGCUGUGCUGAAGGGAAGCUUCUGUAGGAAUCCAGGGUGGUUAAUUUAACAGUUGUGAGGGUAUGUGGUAUGGCAAGAGCCAUGUGCAUCAUGUUUAUUAAGCUUGAGCUAUUUCAAUAAACAUGAGACCUGCUUGGA